AUGGCAGUCGUCCUUCUAGAAGAUAUUGACGAUCCCAUUGUAUCCCGAAUAGAAGAGAGAUGUUUUAUCGAACUGUUCGAUACAGUGUUGAUGUCAAUUAACAGAAAUCGUGCGACUGCUGACGAAAUUUCGGCUGGCAUCGAAAACAUCAUUGCCUAUUUCAGAGAGAGGGGUCCACCAGACGCUUGUGCAGCUGCUAACUUUAGAACACUUGGAGAUUCCCUGGGGUAUUUUUAUUGGUCAUCACCCCUUUCUGCAGGCGUUACGCGAAAAAAAGCUCUGGCCGCUAUUCGGAACUGUCCUGAAUUUCGAUCAUGUUUCAAUCAAUCAUCGUUGAAGGUGGUUAGUGUCGGAGGAGGUACAGGCAGUGAUCUAGUGGGACUGUACAGUGCUCUUUAUGAAGGAAGGAGCACCUUUGAAAACAUGGAAAUAACAUUAGCAGAUAGCAACAGCCAGUGGUUUCCGUACCAUAAAGCCGUGGAAGCAUGCCUCCAUGAAGAGAUUUUUGGAAAGGCUUCCGAAUUAAUCCAAAGCAGAAAUAUUAAUACUUCAUUUGUUUGUGCCGAUUUAGGAAACUCGUUGCCUGCUAAUUUGCAGCAAGAAAUACGAAAUGCAAACUUGGUUUGGAUGAAAGGGUUGCGAUCUAUCCUGAGUGGUGAUUAUGAAAGGAUUCGGGUAACUGAGAAUGUCAUCUCUUCAAUGACUCCAGGAAGCUUGUUCGUGGUCUUGGAUCCUUUAUUUUAUGAUGAUUUUGAUAUAUUCAGAAACAAGUUACAGAGAAUUUUUAGCACAAACGUGGGUCAUAAGUACGAACUGUAUCUGUUUCCGGAGCGGUUCCGAUUCAGAUUUGCUACUAGCACAAAUCAGGAAAUUAUAAUAUUUAAAAGAAUAUGAAAUAAGUUUUUUUUUCUUUCAAAUUAUCAGACUAAUAAAAUUAGACGAACAUUUUUUCUUCAUUUUUACUUUUAUUUAGAAAUUAUUAUGUAAUUUUAUUGCACUUAUAAAGUUCUGUAAUUUUCUUAAUUUGCUAAUGUUUUACAAAAAACAUAAAAAAAAUUUAAAUGGCUGAAAAAUUUUUGUAUUAUUUAUCUAAAAUAAUAUUAUUGGAAAUUAAAUUUCAUAUAUUCAAUGAUCCUGAAGAAAAAGCUUUUCAUUUAUUUUUAUAACAGAUAUAUACAGAAAUGUUAAACUGCAAACUUUUUACUAUGUUAAAUACUACUCUUAAAUAAUUAGACUAUGACACUACUUUUUGAAAAUAUGUAAUAUAAUCAUUUUCAAUAUUUUUUUUAUUUGAAAGGGAAAACACUCUACAAAAAAUAUCCACCAUAUUUAAGUUAGGUAAGAAAAUUUUUAAAAACUAUUCCUCACUUCAUUACGCUUCUAAGUUUAAAAGAGUGUCAACCAAUUGCCCAACUAUAUAAUGAUAUGAAUGACAUUAAGUACAUGGAUUUUAUCAUUAUCAAUGCCUUUUCAAUAUAAAAUUAAGAAAGGAGUUUUUAAAACUCUACAAAACACUCAAAAUAACAAUUUAAUAUAUUAAUGUCUUAUAUACAGUUAUUUCAGAGUAAAGUAAUUAAACAUUUCAAUAAUUUAAAGAAAGAAAAUACAAUAAAUAAUGUCGUAAAUAGAAUUGAGGUUCGUUGCUUUAGAAUUCGAAAAUAAAUUAUUUUUACUCAAAUGCAUUGAAGCAGAAACAUUAAACAUUAAAUUCAACAUUUGCUUUUAUUGAGCCUUUCAAUUCAUUUGUUAAUUUUUUUGCUGGAAGAGCCAUUGAAAUUUAAGCUUAUCAUUAACAACCUUCAUAAAAGCCAAAAUGUUUUGUUAAUUUUCGAACACGUUUAAAAAAACAAAAGAUUUGAAUUUGCCACCAUUUAUGAAGUAAAGUGUGGCAAACCUAUUAAUAAAUCAUUUGACAGCUGAUAGUUUAGGGUUAGUAAAAAUGGAGUGUUACACGAUAGAAAAACGUGUUUUCCUUAUUGAACAAUAUUUCAAAAAUAACGAAAGUCUGGCGGCCACAGUUCAAAAAGUUUCAGAAUCGGCCCCCUAGAUCGUGUGAUUUAACACCAUUGGAUUUCUUUUCAUGAGGUUAUAAGGUAAAGAUCUAUGCUGUCAUUGAAGAAGGAAAUUCAACGCUGCAUCAGCGAAAUUCAGCCACAUUUAGGCAAAAUGGUCGUGGGAAAAUUUCGAUAAUACUGCGCAUACAUGUUAGCAAAGCCGUGGAGGUUAUUUCCCGUAUGUGUUAUUCCAUAUAUAACUCUACCAUGUAAACUUUACGAUUUAAUAAAAAUAUAACAAUUUAAAUGAAAA